GGUAAAGAGGUGAGGGAGGGGCUCUGUGAGGGGCAGGAGCUGAGGACAGGGCAGGGCUGCAGGGCACAGGCAGGGUCUUCUAGGGGCCCAAGAUGGACCCCUUGCUGUCACUGGGUGCUGGGCUCCUGCUACUCGCGCUGUGGGUGCGGCACAAGGGGCUGGAGUACCUGCUGGUUCACCACCGCUGGGUCUUCGUCUGUCUCUUCCUGUUGCCCCUCUCUGUUCUGUUCGACAUCUACUACCAACUGCGGGCCUGGGCCGUGUGGAGGCUGCACAGCGCCCCUCAGCAGCACGCCCAGCGUGUCCGCCACAUCCAGGCACAGGUGCAGGAAUGGAAAAAUGAAGGUGGGAAAACAUACAUGUGUACUGGCCGACCUGGCUGGCUAACAGUAUCACUUCGUGUUGGAAAGUACAAGAAGACUCAUAAGAAUAUAGUCAUCAACUUAAUGGGCAUUCUAGAGGUAGACAUUGAAAGACAGGUUGUCCGUGUGGAACCGUUGGUCACCAUGGGGCAGUUGACAGCACAUCUGAAUCCUAUGGGCUGGACUCUUCCAGUGGUACCUGAACUUGAUGAUCUCACAGUAGGAGGUCUGAUCAUGGGAACUGGCAUUGAGUCUUCAUCCCAUAUCUAUGGACUAUUUCAACAUACCUGUUUGGCCUACGAACUUGUACUUGCUGAUGGAAGCCUUGUGAGAUGUACACCAACUGAAAAUUCAGACCUAUUUUAUGCAGUGCCUUGGUCUUGUGGUACUCUGGGAUUCCUGGUUGCUGCGGAAAUAAAAAUAAUUCCUGCUAAGAAAUAUGUAAAAUUACAUUACAAGCCUGUGAGAGGUUUGGAAAAGAUAUGUGAAAAAUUUACUGAGGAAUCUAAAAAGAAAGAGAAUAACUUUGUGGAAGGACUGGUGUACUCCUUGGAAGAAGCAGUCAUUAUGACAGGAGUCUUCACUGACGAAGCUGAAGACAGCCAGAUAAACAGAAUUAGUAACUACUACAAACCAUGGUUUUUUAAGCAUGCGGAGAAGUAUCUGAAGGCUAAUCAAACUGGAAUAGAGUACAUUCCCUCAAGACAUUACUACCACCGACAUACCAGGAGUAUCUUCUGGGAACUCCAAGAUAUCAUCCCCUUUGGCAAUAACCCUGUAUUUCGUUACCUCUUUGGCUGGAUGGUUCCACCAAAAAUCUCACUAUUAAAACUGACACAAGGAGAAGCUAUUCGAAAGCUGUAUGAGCAACAUCAUGUUGUACAAGACAUGUUGGUCCCAAUGAAAAGCCUUGAAAAAUCUAUCAGUACCUUCCACAGUGACCUGAAUGUUUACCCACUGUGGUUAUGUCCUUUCAUAUUACCCAAUAAUCCUGGCAUGGUCCACCCAAAAGGAGAUGAAAUGGAGCUCUAUGUAGAUAUAGGAGCUUAUGGAGAGCCUAAAACAAAGCAGUUUGAAGCCAGGGAAUCUAUGAGACAAAUGGAAAAGUUUGUAAGAAACGUGCAUGGUUUCCAGAUGUUGUAUGCAGAUUGCUACAUGAACCGUGAGGAAUUCUGGGAUAUGUUUGAUGGUUCACUAUACCACAAGCUGAGGGAGCAAAUGAAUUGCAAGAAUGCUUUUCCAGAGGUGUAUGAUAAAAUCUGCAAAGCAGCACGGCACUGAAUCUGGAUAACCUAAGCAAGCAAUCAGGGAAGGAUGGAUUUACCUGUAGUAGUCAGUAUAUCCUUAUAAAAGCUUUAUCACUGUUCAAAUAAGCUCAUGUUGAUGUUUAAAAAUACAGAUUUCUGUUUUAUAAAUUCACAUUCAAUAACUGUUAGUAUGUUUUUCAAACAAUUUCCCCAAUUCAUAGUAAUUUCAUUUCAGGAAUCAAAGUCUUAGCCUACCACCUCUCUUUGUAGCUUAGUUGCAGACAUAGCAAUGUAGAUGUAAAUUUACAUAUUUCUAACUGUAGGGGGGGAAAUUUGGAAAGAUAAAGAUACUUAAGUAAAUAAGUUAUUUAUUGCAGUGUACAUCUGAGACAGGUAAGAAGGUCACAAAAUUCGGUGCCAAAGUUGAGAGAAUUAUUUUCAAAUUAAUUAUGACUUUAAAAAUGUCUUUUUCAAAUCGGUAACUGGUGCAAGGUUUAAACUUAAGAGAAGUCAAAAGUUAACGCAGUUUAGAGAUGGUUACUGAAAUCUUCAAACUAAACUCAUAUUACUAAUGCAGGUAAAUAAAUGGUCAUUGACAAAUGUCUUCAUUUCAGACCUGAAUAUCAAAAUUUGUAGAAAAUCCAUUUUGAUUGUGCCUAUCUGAUUUGUACUGAUUCUGUUUAUAAAUGUGUGAGUGGUCAUGAGUUUUAGGGAUCUUUUUUUUUCUUCUUUUUUUAAUUAAUAUGAUUUGAAGAGGAAGCAUUUUGGCUUCCUAGACUACUGAAAAUCUCUGCUGCUAUUCCAUAUAGACAUGUAUUAAAUACAAUUUGUUACUUGCUGUGGGGUCUAUUUUACUUUUUUAUUAUGGUUAAUUUUAGUGCCUCAUAAGUAUUCAGUUGGAGAAGAUAUGGGCCAUUUCAGACCAUUCUAUUCUUUUAGAGGGUGGGAGGGGAACUAAAAGACCCAUUGUCAACAUUAAUAAUUUAGUUAUAUAAGGUCCAUUUGAAUAAAUAUUGGUGAUAAUUGUAGGGGACAACCUAAAAUCGAGUUGUGUAGUGGAAGUUUGAAAUACACAAGACAUGGCUCUGACUUUUUGCUUUCCAUUUUAGCUGGAUUAGUUUGAUAGGUUUUAAAAAAAGACCCCUUCAACCAACUGAAGAAGAAAUAACAUUAGAAAAAUCUGCAGAGGGCUUACUAUUCAAGCCCCUUUUCUAACUGUGUGUUUCAUGAGCAUGAAAACAGUUUGACAUUGCAUAUGGUACAACAUUUUUUAAAUUGAGUCUGCAUCUGGUCCAAACUACUUAAAGUUGUUGUUUUAACAUUUGUUGGGCUUGUGGAGAAAUGUUAUGUUCUUGCAUUCUGCAUAAUGUGAAAACAGUUAUAAAACAAUUGUCAAUGGUGGGUGGUGGUUCCUUUUUUAUGUUCUAGUUCAAUGCUAAACCAAUGAUUGUUUAGUGAUUGAUAGACAUUUAUAAUGCAGAUUAAACCACUGAUAAGGCAGUAAUGGAAAAUAAACUUGGUCAUUCACUCUCAGUGUUGCAUACUGGGCCAAAUUGCAACCUUGCUGGUGCUGCCAUGCGGGGGAGUAAAGGGAUAUAAGUCAUCCCCUUAUGGCCCUUUGUAUGUUGCCCAUACUGUGUGUGUCAGUCCAGGGGGAGACAUAACCAAUGCAGAGCAGGUACAUCCCCCUCCAUCUGCAUACAUGAGUGCAACAGGGAGAGGAAUGGCUGGAGCCCAGGCUCAGCCCCCACUCCAGUGUGCAGGCCAGCACAGCUGUGUCAGCACUCCAGAGACUGUAUGCUGUGCCAGGUAUAGACCUUGGAGCAAGGGCUUCUGGAAAAACAUUGUGAUUGUGUCAUAAUCUAUCUUCCAGUCUGCUCCUGGGGCAGCAAAAUAAUGGCUGCCCCUUUCUCAUGGCAGAGCCAUGAUUUCACCUGUUAUCUGUAGGAUACUCUGUACUGAGCGAGAAUUGGUUCACUUAGCUUUUGAAAGGCAAUGUUAAAAAUAAAAGAUAUGCAAAGAUAUUAAAAUAGUAUGUCUCUAACUUGGGUAUUCAUAGUCUUUAGUUAUACACUGUAUUUGUUACUUCAUAAUUUGCCUUUGCACACUUUUGGUACAACAUGAUUUUAAUGUUGUGUAACUAUGGUUAUCGUGAACACACGCACUCUUUCUUUCUCUCUUUCUCUCUCUCUCUCAUAUAUGCACAUUGCUGCUGAUGGAGUUUGAAAUUCUUGGCUGUAUGAGCUGUUACAAUUAAAAAUUAUAACCAGUUGUACUGUUAAAAUGUUGUUUUUUUAUG